UAACCAUGUUACUGGAUUUUUAACGGGCCGCCAGCUCGAUUAGUAUAUACAGGUAUACACGAUGGCGGGCGGACUUAUUGAUACUGUAGCGGCAUGUCCUACGUAUGUACUUUACACGUUUGCAGCAGUAUGCGCUGGUAUACUCUGGUGGUGUAAUCGCCAAAAUGACACCAAAUAUCCUCCCGGCCCCUGGGGAUUACCUUUGGUGGGACACAUUCCUUUCCUGGGCAAAAAUCCCAUCCCUAAGCUUGAGCAGUACCGAAAGCAGUAUGGGGAUGUGUUCAGCCUAAGAUUAGGAAGUUACCAUGUGGUGGUCUUGAAUGGACUACAGACGAUAAAGACAGCCCUUACCCGGAAACCAGACGAUUUCGGCGCCAGACCCAGUGUGUACAGUUUCAAGCUUAUAAGUGACCUUCAAAAUGGUAACGUAGGCCUCAGCGUUCCGUUCGGUCCUCGAUAUAAACUUCUGAGGAAGAUCACGAAUAAUGCGCUUCGUACAUUCGCUAACUACAGAACGAACCCCGUUGAGGACAUUAUCACUGAGGAAGGAAACAAACUUGUGAAUUAUUUUCUAUCAAAUGGUAAAACGGCUUUCGAUCCACAGCAAGAAAUCAGCCUGAGCGUUGGCAGUGUCAUAUAUCAGAUUUUGUUUGGAAGGGACGCCAAAAUCCGGGAGGACAAGAACUAUUGUGCCAUGAUCAAGUCGUCAAGAGAUUUUGUGGAAUUUGCCACUGUUGGUAAUCCCGUCGAUAUCAUGCCAUGGACACGGUUUUUCUUCCAUGCUCGAACAAAAAAAUUCUUGAGCAUAAUCGACAUCCCAUACAGGGUGUUAGCAACACAAAGUGCCCAUCAUCAGGCAACAUACGACUCUGACAGCAUCCGUGAUGUGAUGGAUGCGCUGCUCAAAGCCGCGGAUGAUAUUUCUCAGGAGGAGGGAGGAGAUUUGGGUCUGUCUCAUGACCUCGUAAUGUCAAUAACAGUGGACUUACUAGGAGCCGGUGUGGACACGGUAUCCACCGCCCUGUUGUGGGGAAUUUUUUUCAUGGCCAGUUAUCCUGAGGUGCAGAAGCGCGUUCAACGAGAAAUCGAAGAGCAAAUCGGUUUGAGCCGUCACCCAACCAUGGAGGACAAGAAAUGCUUGCCAUUCGUAGAGGCCACUGUUUCUGAGAUAAUGCGACUGGCGUGUAUUACACCUUUAUCUGUUCCACGCCAAACGACUGUGGAUGUGGAGCUAGGCGAAUACAAGAUUCCUAAGGACACAUUUGUCAUGAUCAACCAGCAGUCGACGUGCAUGGACCCGGAGACUUGGGGAGACCCGGAGAAGUUCCGCCCGGAACGAUUCUUGACGGAAGGCGAUGGUGGAGAGAUAACCAUGAAUAGCGGAUUGGCCGAGAGUUUCAUGGUGUUCGGAGCCGGCAGGCGGCGCUGCAUUGGAGAGUUUCUGGCUAAAAUAGAGGUCUUUCUGUUCUUCACACUACUAAUGCAAAGGUGUUCAUUUUCACAGUCUCCUGUUGAGAAAUUAUCUCUUGAGCGGGCUUUCGGGUUGACUGUAAAACCCAAACCCUUUAAGAUCAUUGCUACAGAGAGAGGUUAGAGAGGCCUUGUGACGUUGACCAGUGUCCUAUUCAUGUGGUGGGUUUUGUUUCGGACAGACUUUUUGAAAUAGUUUUGAUAGCCAGGUCUUGUCCUUUAAGCUUUGUAUAUUUUAUUUUUAUAGCUUACUUUAUAUACACGUUUUCAAUAUAUAUUAUUAGAAUUAACAUUCACACAUAUAUGAAUCUUUAAGAACGAUCCACUAAAAAUAAGGUCAAGGUGUUAAAAGUCUGGUAUCUAUCGGUCUUUGUUUAGGACAAGCUGUUGUUAACAAUGAAAAAUUGAUAUUACUUUCUUUAAAAUAGGGUUCGAGUGAGUUCACAAGGCAUUAUGAUUCCCAGUUAUCAAUGUUUUUACAACCAGUACAGUAUUCUUUUUAGCAGAUAGAGACAGUACGUUAGGCACGUCUUGCGUUUACUCCGCAGUUGCGUUUAACAUCCCCUAAUGAGGCCCUAGGUGUUCUGUACGCGUGAAUGCUUUAACGGUUACUUGGUGCUUAUGCACACUGUUGUAAUUAUUACUGUUAGAAUAUCGGUAUAAUAAGACAAAAUCGAUUCCCGAUAACGAGCCUAACCUGGUUAAAAGAGUAACACUCUCAAACACUCAAACAGUUGCUUUAACAAUUUAAUAAAUCAAAAAGGAAAAUAAUGAUUUAAACUACAAAUAGCAAUGACUUUCCAUCGUUGUCCAAUCGGCCCCGGAAUAUUCCAAUCCUGUUUCUGGGCGUCCGUUUCCUCUUUACUGGAGCAGUUUGUUGAUCUCCCCAACCUUAACACGGUUGAAUCCUCCGAGACUUGUCUUGGCAGGAAUCAACUGGAUGUUCUUUGUGCUACAUCGAAAGACAAUGAAAAGAAAGAAAAAACACUGCUCUCAAAUAGAAGUGCUGGGCCACAUGUAUAGAGAGAAUGUGCCUGGAUCUACUCGUCCUGCCACCAAACAGAAUUAGAAUAUACGCCCUGUAGCCAGCACUUUUCAGUGAACGGGUUUCACGCAAUCUAACUCGAAGCUCCUGUGUUAUUAGAAUUGAAGGUUUUGUCAGUUUUCUAUAUGUAUGUAUGAGGUGGGGUGCGUCAUACUUCAUUUUUGAUGUUGUUUUGGUCAUAACCUAAAAACUAUACCAAGUACACAAUAAUCUAGUAGGCGUCCUAAACAGUGCGUUUAUUUAGGUACUUUAAGCAGUUUUUAAUUUUGACCUACGUUUAAGCUAAUUUCAUUGGUCAGUUACAGCACACCUUGCAUACCAAACGAAAAGUCUUUUAAACAAUAUAUUGCAAAUUUACGAGCUGACUAUGAAUAAAAACAACAAGUUUUUAAACGCAUUUUAAUGGAAAAACUAUCAUUCGUAGUCAAAAAUAAAGAUCUGUAACUGAUCUAAGGACUGACCAGUUUUCAACUGUAUAGCUAUUACGAUAUCCAGUCACGUUACAUUUGAAAAAUGACACUAAAAUGAGCUUUAACUGCAAUUUAAAGAAAAGUCGAGAUUUAUACAGCUUCUAGUGUACUAGCAGUUGAAAGUCCGGCGUCUUUGCCUUAGCCCGAAAUCCGAACGCUUAGACGAUAUUUUGUUUGGUGAUAGGAAUCUUCGUUAAGGUCUGAACACCAUCUCGAGAAGUGGCAGAGCUUCUGUGCAAAUUUUUCACUAUUGGCCCUGUAUAUCGUGCUAAAAUACCACUUCUUAAAUACCUGGACGGUUUAUCGGUAUACCUGCUGCGGUAAGACGUCACAUUUGCCGGAUCGUUCGCGGACUUUGAAUAUGAGACUAAGCGUUCUUUCCUCUCGUCUCCAUCGACGCAAUAAACCACGUGACACGUACAAUGUUGUCUGUUACUUCCAGAUUCGCAGCUCAGAAAAGCGCCGUUGAGAAGAUAUUCUAUCGCGAUAUAGGUAAAUAAUUAGCAUUCAAGAGGUACGAGGGAACAGGUAACUUUUAUGUAACAGUGUGUCAAGGUGCUAACGACGGCAUUUGUCGCCAUGUAUUUCCUUUUUAUUCAAUAUAUACAUCCAAGCAACUAAAAUCAUACGACAAAACGUCCAUGUUAGUGACAUCUUAAAUUCAAACUUGACCUCUGUACGGGUUAAGCAUGACACAGGUAUUGACAUAGUGUAUAUGCAGCCAACUAGCAAGUUUCAAUCUUGUUUGGGAUAGAGUAUUGUUGUAGUUCAACUGUGGGAAUCAUAAAUAGUCUUGCUUUCGUCUUUGCGGUUGAGGUGCAACACUUUACUUUCUCGGUUUUCUCGUUUACCUUAUGGGUUGAAUAAAUAAAAAAAUAUUUCCAAAGGCAUAUUGAAACACUUUCAUUUGUGGAGUUUCAGUCAAAGUCCUGUUUGCUGUCGGAGGACCAACUGCAAAUGUAACCUUUAAAGUAACACAAUAUUUUAAUGAUUUAUUAUUAUGUUCCCAGACGGAACAUUUUUGACUGUGACAUGCAGAAAAAAUCUCAUAUGUGUCGUGGUUUCCCGUAGGUCCUGUUUCCUGGUUUCGCCCACUUAUAAAUCUGGCCACAGAAUUGAUAUAUUCACAUAAAAUAUAAUAAAAUGUG